AUGUUUAAUUUGCAGGAUUCUUUAGAAGAUUUUGGUGGCGAUGGUGAAGAUUAUAGUAUAUUGUUUGCUACAGAUGAGGAAUUUGCAAAAAAGGAUGAUGCUGUUGCUUGGGUGAAAGGCAUGGGCAUGGCAAAUGCUAUGCUAAUAAAUGUAGUUUCUAGCAAGAAGAAGAAUGUUGUUCUGAUGAGAUGCUGUAAAGAGGGAAAUGUGUCAGUUGAUGAUGGUGAAUACUAUAUCACAUCAGAUUCGAAGACACAAAUCACUGGGUGUAAAUUUAAGUUAUAUGUGCACUUAGUGGAUGGGAAGUGGCGCAUUCGGGUGUAUCCUGGUGAGUUUGGAAUGCAUAACCACGACCUGUUUGACGAAGAUCAUCCCACGAGGGGCCUUAGCGAUGGAGUGAAACAGCUUAUACAAGGUAUGUCCAAAGAUGGGUGCAGACCGUGUCAGAUCAUGGCUGCGAUUGAGAGGAUCUUUCCUGAUGAAAAAGUUAACAGACGGCAAGUGUACAAUUUCAGGAAGAAAUUGCGUAAUGAGGGGUUCCCGGUAUUGGGUGAAUCGAGUGCCAUGGAUGUCACGACGAAGACACUAUCGGUGGCCAAGCAUCAUGGUUACAUCAUCAUGACAUAUUGCAAUCAGGAGACAGGUAAGGUGGAGAGCGCACACAAGCAGUUAAAAACCUGGCUGAAAACAUCCGCGGCGUCGCUGGAUACACUUUGGGCUAAGGUGCACUUGGAAAUCCAGAGUCAGCUAACCGAAAUACGGUACAAACUGGAGUACUCAAGACAGAAAAUUGGCACCCAUUAUUGCAGUUUUCCACUGAACCGCUUGAAGUGUCAAGUUUCACAUACUUGUUUGCAAAAGCUGAACACUGAGUGGUCGAAGGCGCAAGAGUGGAAAGAAGAAACGAAUGACCAAUGCGAUCAUGUGGUGUACUGGACUUGUCGAAUUCCAUGUGCGUGCGCCCUCAAAAAGGCUGCAGAUGCCGGCACAUCGAUAACUCUUAAGCAUAUUCACCCAUUCUGGGCGACCCUUAAUAUCGGUGAACAGGCUGGUACAAGUACUCCUAGCGAUGUGGAUGACGAGGUUCUUUAUACCAGACAGUUGAUGGAAGAGCUGAACGAGUGUCCUAAGGCAAAAAAAGCAACUCCUAAUGUGUGGGAUUACAGAGACGACGCGCAAGGAAAGUCGACCACAGUUACUAGCGAUUCAAGUAAGAAGCGUCCGUCGUCUUCAGGUGGUCGUACAGAUGCAUCCACAGAGAUCUUUGCGAGUGAUAUUUCACAGUAUGGUUGCUACGACCUCAUUCCAUGGCCCAUUCGGCCAUAUAUUACCAGUUACCUUGAUGUUGGUGCCGAUGGCAAUUGUGGAUUUCGCGUAGUCGCGAGUAACAUGUUUUUGAGCCAGGACAAGUGGGCGAUGGCGAGAGAGGCAAUGGCGAACGAGCUAGAACAGAAUUGGCAUCUGUACACUAGAAUCUACGGGACGUCCUUACAGGAAGAAGUCCGUCGUAUACUAUGGAGUGGACAGGGUUUCGCACCUGAGCGCCAUUGGAUGUGUGUGACGGACUUGUUCGUAGUUGCAACUAUGAACAAUGCAAUUGUGUACUAUUACGGUGCAGGGGAAGAGAACCAGUCGCUAAACUCUACAUGUUGGACUAUACUACCUGUCACUGCACGCGGUGAGGCAACAUGUCCGGCAUUUGAGAUUGGGGUAUGUCACCAUGGUCUUUACAAGCACUUCAUUCGGAUCAAUUUGGACGGUGACUUUCCAGUUCCACCAAUCAGUAAUAGGUGGACUAAGGAACAUCAGCCUAGCGUUGCUGGUUGGGAAUUACCACUUCUUCCUAGAAUUCAAGAUUGGUAUAGGUUGGUCCCCAACAAUCCUGGACGUUCUAUCGGGGAUUAUGCUAAUGAUUUCAUUGAUCUUAGUUUCUUAGAUUAG